UUCUCCUCCCGGCUCUUCCCCCCUCCUCUUUCCAUCCCAGCCUCUGAGGGGUGUUAACAAAUUGCAUGCAGAUUUUCUUAUACAGCAACUUUCCCCCCAGACUGGUCUCAAAGAAGGAAGCUGAAAGACCUGGAUUGUCAAGGAUGGUAUAUUUUUUUUCUUCUGCAAAUUAGCUCAGACCGCUGGAUUGUAAUGGGCUAGCUUUGUCUCCGUGGAUUGUACAGAAGGAUGGAAUAUCCGGGGAAAUUGCGCUUGCGGAGAUCUUUCAGUGAACGUAUCAGGGUCUCCACCAACAAAGCAUGGGAUGUGUUCUGGAAAAGCACACGAGAAAAGCGUUUGUCAGAAAUUGAGGCCAAGGAAGCCUGUGAAUGGCUGAAGGCUGCUGGUUUCCCUCAGUAUGCUCAAAUGUUUGAAGAUAUGCAGUUCCCUAUUGAUAUCAAAACUGUGAGGAAAGAUCAUGAUUUUUUAGAUCAAGAUGCAAUAGACUCCCUGUACAGACGGUUAAAUACAUUGAAUAAGUGUGCAGCAAUGAAAGUUGAAAUAAAUCGGCAAAGGAAACGGAGUGAUGAAUCUGAGGAGGAUGAACCUUGUGCACUAAGUAACAAAUGGACUUAUGAGAAAUGUACUCAGAGAUGGUCUCGUCUUGAGAGCUUAGACGGUUUUGGCGCUUCGGCAGUGGACAGUUUGAGGCUUAAGAGCAUCGGCAGUGGGGAUAUAGCCUUUUCCGACCAUGGGGAGAGAAACGAUGAAUCUUCGGUUCACAGUACCAGCAGUGGCGACAGUGACUUAAUCAGCUUUCCAAAGGCUUUUGAGGAAGUGGAGACUAGCAGGAGUUCGUCCACGUGCUCCUCAAAUAAAUUGGCGUCUCCCGACUCUGCCUUCAGUUGCUCUUCGUCUCCUGGCGAAACCUUGAAUAUAGUCUGUGAGGACAAGCCUUUGGAUAAACCAUGCGACAAAAAGGGAAGGAACUUCCUGAAGAAAAUGGAGAAGCUGCGCAUAAGAAGCAGCAGUCUAAAGAGGGAACUUAAUUCAAAGGCCAAACCCAUUAUCAGUGAGCCAAUUCUCUUAGAGGGUCUAACUGAAGAGAAACUGAGAAAACUCAAUUGUAUGAAUAUUAGUGACGUGUCCAAUAGCCAGAUAAUGCAGUCCUCUUAUUCACCACAGACCUGCAGCAGCAGCAGCAGCCAGUCCGGAAACAGCAGUACUGUGAGCACCCCAAGCCCUACUAUCAAAGCCAGGAGGCAGAGUAGCAGAGGGACAUACGUAGAGGGCGUUGAUGCCAGCAAGCUUGCUGUGUGGAAUGAUCUCUCGGAGCAGAACUUGGAAAACGAGAUAAAUUUGCAUGAAAACAAAGUAUUUCAGGUGCCACAAGGCCAUAAGCCUGGGACAUUCCCCAAAGCACUGACUUACAGCCUUUUGCCUCCACUAGACAACACUGCAGUGAACUGGAGAACUGGGAGUUUUCAUGGCUGCCGCAGAAAUAGGGCUCACGUGGGUUCUCGAGGCUCUGAGACAACACCUGGCUCUCUCUCAUUGAUAGAUAACAGACUGAGCAUAUAUGACAACGUGCCUGAAAGUCCAGUCCAUGUUAACAAAAUGGAUGCACCAGAGGCGGGAGACGAUGAUGUUUUUACAGAACUAGACAGCGUUAUGGAACACGUCAAUGGGCUCAGGAAGUUGGUCAGUCAGUGGUCGGAGAAAUUCUCUGAUGAUGGGGACUCAGACUCCGCCAGUCAUUCCAACCAGUCUGCUUCUCCAUGCCCAUCAUCCCCUAAGGAGAUUCACCUCGAGAUUAAAAAGCAUUCAGAGGAGAAACUGAUGGAACCGCCUAUCAUUGAUGGAGAAGAUGACUGCAAGAGUACCAGUGAGCACCCUUAUGCAGAACUGGCAUAUGUAACAGAACCAGGGAUAAGGCUGGCACCAGCAUGUUGCAUCAGACCUGUGGGAACAUAUUGGUCUACUGAGGAAGGCACGAACUUGGAAGAUCUUUCUGUACAACUUGACAGCCAGUCAGCAGCCCACCUAAACCGAAUACAGAAGCUUGCUUUGUUAAAACUGACUUCUUUAAUGGACAAAUACACUCCUUCCAGCAAGCAAGGAUGGAACUGGACUGUUCCAAAGUUUAUUAGAAAAAUAAAACCUGAUUAUAAGGACAAAAAUAUAUUUGGAGUACCACUAUUGUUAAAUGUCCAGAGAACAAGUCAUCCUUUUCCAAUGAGCAUACUCCAGGCCAUGGACUAUUUAAGAGACAAUUUUCUCGAUCAGGUUGGCCUUUUCAGAAAAUCUGGUGUGAAAUCUAGGAUCCUCUCCUUACGGGAAAUGAAUGAAAAUGACCCUCACAAUGUAACUUAUGAGGGGCAAUCAGCAUUUGAUGUGGCAGAUAUGGUGAAACAGUAUUUCCGAGAUCUUCCAGAACCUAUAUUCACCAGCAAACUCUGUGAAUCCUUCCUUAACAUCUACCAAUAUUUGCCUAAAGAUCAGCAAUUCUGCGCUGUCCAGGCUGCUGCUAUUCUGCUUCCAGAUGAAAAUCGUGAAGCUUUGAAAAUUCUACUCUUCUUUCUCAGGGAUGUAGUAGCUUUUGUCGAGGAAAACCAAAUGACACCUACCAAUCUCGCUGUCUGCCUUGCCCCAUCUCUGUUUCAUCUUAAUUCCCUGAGAAGAGAAAGUUCCUCGUCAUCUAGAUCCAGCCAGAGAAAAUAUAGUACAGGAAGACCUGACCAGAGAGAUCUAAGUGAGAAUUUAGCUGCAACACAAGGCCUAGCCCACAUGAUAAUGGAGUGCCACAGACUCUUUCAGAUACCCGACUACUGCAUUGAUGAAGGUCGUGAAGAUUCCUGUAAUCGAAACCUCUCGGAUGAAACGAACCGAACCAUCUCAGCAAGCCUUUCUAGCACACUGAUCUCCCUGGAACACUCCAUGCAGGAUUUGCUCCGAGACGCCAAGGAAAAUUUCAGGAACUGGGUUGCUUGUUUCAUUGCGGAAGGCGUGGACUCUGGUUAUAAAAAGGUGGACGAUAACUGUUACCUCCGUUUAUGGAGAGCUUCUGUUGAAAUGUAUGCCACUCCUAAAGCAGUUCUACACCGUGUACUGAUGGAACAGCACCUGUGGGAUCCGAGUCUUCAGCAGUCAAAGAUCUUAGAGGUCUUAGAUGAUGAUACAAACAUCUAUCACUACACAACAGAGAGCAUGUCUCCACUUCCUCCACGAGACCAUGUGAUCCUAAGGACGUGGCGAACUGAUCCUCAAAGCGGGACUUGCGUGUUAGCAGCUACCUCAACAGACAGUGGAAAUGUUAAGCCGAAUGGGAUCCUAGCUAAAGUUUUGCUGUGUCAGUACCUUAUAGAAGCAGUUGGCUCCCAGAAAUCCAAAGUAACACACAUCUGUCGAAUAGAUAAAAGGGGCCGGACACUAGAAUGGUACAACAGGGCUUUUGGUCACAUUUGUACUGCAGAACUGAUGAGGAUUAAAGAAUCCUUUAAAACUUCACAGUGAUUUUCUGGUUUUGAAGGAGAAGCAAUGAGUAGUGUCUAAAACUGUCUUUCUUCCUAGAUUAGAGCUAAAAGCCAUCUAGGUUGCAUUGUUUUGAUCAGCUAAGAGUGCUGCAUAUAAAUUGAAUGUUACUAGCAUUUUAUAAAGAGCAUUUUUUUUUCUCUUGAAGCAUAUUCUUGAACUGGUGGACGCUAUGCAACAUUUUUAGAUAGUUUUAUAUAAAAAAUUUAUAUGAUGAAAAGAUUACCUAUCAGAGUUAAGUUAUUUUUAAAAAACAGGUUGAUGUGUUCUAAGUAUAUUUUAAUUUGUAAAAUGUGGGACAUAUUUUUCAGAUGUUAUAAUUAGUUGCUACAAGUAGAUUCAAAUUUACCAGCUAUUCAGCAGGUUUUCUGAUUUAAGCAUUGCCUAUUGGCGACACUUGGACAGGUAGCUCUUCUGCGUCUGUAUAAAGAUGAAAGAGGUGCACCUUUUACCUUCAAAAAUGCUGUAUGUAAAAGCUUAAAUUGUAUGUAUGAAUAUUUGAUCUAUUUUGUAAGCACAAUCCUGCCUCACACUGAUGGCAAAAUGGGCACUUUAGUCCUUAAAGGUGAAUAUCGUUUCCCUUUGCUGGCUUGGUAGUUCUUGGUAGUCCUUAACAACCCACUUUCGAAACUUAGAAAAAUUGAUUGGUGCAGUGGUGGCAGCUGCUGUCCUAACUGAGGGCAAUACUGUGUUGAAAUGCUAAUGACACAUUUAUAUGCCAUUUGAUUGUCAAUGAGAUUGCUUUAAUUGGUUAAUCAGUGUAACAUGAUUUCAGCAAUUAUAAAAAAUUUCAUUUGUUUUUUAUAAUCUGUAAUAUUCGGCAGUAAAUAAUAAAAUGGAGAGCCAGUUUGGUG